AUAAGUGUCAAUCCAUAACUCGUCUCGCAUAAGUCCCACACUCGUCUCUCUCUCCCUGAUCACCAUCACCAGCAAUCAAUCAUGAAGAUCCUGAGCACCACCGCUCUCGCCGGACUCCUGCUCUCGCUCUCAGGGUUUGAGGCCAUAGUGCAUCUGACCCAGGAGAAGAUCUUGAACGCCAAUGUAGGACAAGAUGUACGGAUUCUCUGCAGGAGGGAUAGUGGAAGCUGGACCAUUUCAUGGUACCAGCAGAAAGCUGGAGAUACUCCGAAGUACUUACUAGCUGAUAGCAACAGAGCCAGUGGCCUGUCCAGCAGAUUCACAUACACGGACAACGGUAAUGAUGAGUACCUGAACAUCGCCAGAGUGGAAGCUGAGGAUGAAGCGGUGUAUUACUGCGGCUGCAUCAUUUGUCAGGGCCACGGCAGCAUCGGCGGCGGAACCGAAUUAAAGAUCGCUCGUCCAUCGUCUCCUCCGUCCCUGCUUCUUCUCGCUCCAUCCGGUUCUCCGCUCUCUGAAGGUGAUGUCAGUGUGAUGUGUGUGGCUCGGGGCUUUUACCCCGACGGUGUCACCAUGUCCUGGUCCGAGAACAGCGGCAGCGUGACGGGUGACGAGGCGCAGACGGGUCCGCCUCGGCGUCAGGCCGACGGCACGUUCUCCCAGACCAGCGUUCUGAAGCUCAGUAAGCAGCGCUGGAGCUCCGGGAGAACCUACACGUGCCGUCUGAGUCACCCGGCGCUUUCCACACCGCUGAGCCAAAGCACCAGCCUGGACGAGUGCGUGUAGAGAGAUCUCACAGAGCGCCGUUUCAUCUGUUCCGUGUUGCGUAUCAAUAAAACGCGCCUCAGUGAACAGAACGGUCUUUAAUAACGAGCGUUGUGUGUCGUCCAUUUCAACAACCGCUUCUGUUAUUGCGUAAUAAGUCUCGUGGCUCUCAAGUCUGUCGCUUACUGCUCAUAAGCUUCAACUCUAUUACUACAGUAAAUAAAGCAUCUAAAAUGUUCAAAUGAAACCAUGUAAUCGAGAUCUUUUGCAGUGUUUAUUCCCUUUUCAGUUUUGCCCCCCCCCGCUCGUGCACCCCUGGGAUGUACUGAAUUAUAAACGGAAGUUUAAUUUUCAGUUUUUCUCAUGAGAUACGGUUUGCAUGUGGUUGCUCAUCAGUGCAUGAAUAUGUGAAAAUAUUCAGAACGGACUCCAGCGGAGGUUAAUACUGCAAAAACAACUGGAACGCGAUGGCGUAAAAUGAUAGAAAUAAAAAAAAAGUUCAAAGAUUUUGUCGUUUCGG